UCGUCGACUCCUUAGUGCACAACCUUAUUUUGCAGUUAAUGCUAGCAGUACUGCUGGCGGUGUUGUUGAUGUAAUUUCGUAUAAACCGUACAGCUGGUAGAGAAUGAAGAACGUUUGAGACUGCUUUCGACAAACCUGCAAAUCACACGUUUAAAAUGGGCUCCAAAGAUUUAGUUAUCCGGGUGCGUUCUUCGGAGAAGAUGCACAGAUUUACAUUCAGCAAUCAAUCAGCUUCCACCAUUGAUCUUCUGAAAAAAGUUUGCGAAGAAUUAAAGGACACGCCUGAGAAUUAUUCUAUGCAUUUGGAUCAAAAGCCUAGCAGCCCAGCCGUGCCGGUUUCCCAGAGGAAUCUUUUGAACAAGUUUCCAAAUGGGCAAAUAUUUUAUCUAGUUCGCUCUCCCCACGCAUCGGUUAUUGAGCCUGAGGAGCCGAUGCAGACUGAAGAGGCCAACAAAGAGCUGGCAAUGGAUGCUGUCGACGUGCAGCUCUUUGCUGAUAAAGGAAAAAUAGAGCGAGGAAGGGAUGAAAAGCUGUGCAGACACGGACCGAAUGGCCGUUGCAUCCACUGCUCACCCCUUGAGCCGUACGACGAAGCCUAUUUAAAAGAGCAUAACAUCAAGCACUUGUCCUUUCACUCUUAUUUAAAGAAAAUGUCAUCGUCAGCUAGUGGCUCAAAAUUUGUUGGAAUGGAGGAUCUCAUCUGCAAGAUAAAACCUGGAUGCAAAGAUCACUUGCCUUGGCCCAAAGGAAUUUGCUCCAAAUGCCAGCCAAGUGCUAUUACCCUCAAUCGACAGUCCUAUCGGCACGUCGACAAUGUGAUGUUUGAGAACCCAAGGCUUGUGGAGCGCUUUCUGAACUUUUGGCGCUCGACUGGCUAUCAGCGCAUCGGUUUCCUAUACGGCCGCUACGAGUCUCAUGCGGACGUGCCUCUUGGCAUCAGGGCCACAGUAGCUGCUAUUUACGAACCGCCUCAGGAAAACUCGAGGGAUCUUGUCAAGCUCCUGCCAGAUGAGCGCCAAGAGAUAGUGGACAGUUUAGCUCAAGCUCUUGGUCUCAGGAGGGUGGGCUGGAUCUUCACAGACUUGGUGGUCGACGACCCAAAACAGGGAACUGUUAAAAAUUUGCGAGGAAUCGAGAGCCACUUUCUAUCUGCGCAAGAGUGCAUCACGGCUGGCCACUUCCAGAACCGACACCCCAACUUCAUCCACAAGUCGCAGUUUGGCUCAAAGUUUGUGACCGUGUGCGUGACUGGCGAUAAGAACAAUCAGGUGCACAUGGAGGGCUACAGCGUGUCAAAUCAGUGCAUGGCGCUCGUCAGGGACAACUGCCUGGUGCCGACCAAGGACGCGUCCGAGCUGGGCUACAUCAAGAACUCGACCAACGAGCAAUACGUGCCAGACGUCUUUUACAAAGUGACUGAUGAAUAUGGUAAUGAAGUGCAAAGGCUAGCCAGACCUCUACCUGUCGAGUACUUGCUGGUGGACGUACCAGCCUCCACUCCUCUCAGCCCGCAAUUCACCUUUUUGGCAAACCAGUCCGUGCACAACAGAACUCAUUUUCCAAUAGAGAAUAGGCUCGUGGAUAAUCAAAUCCAAGACUUCAACGCCCUCACUACGUAUUACCAGCAGUUCAACCUGCUGAAUGGUGGCAGCAACACUGCUGAAAUGGCACGAAAGUUCCUCGAGGCCGUGUCUGAUUUUCAUGUUCUCUUCUACAUUGCUACCAUGGAAAUGCUGCCUUUGAAGGGCCACAUGGCUCCUCUUCUGGAAGCAGUAAAGUCGGAGGACGCAGAGGCUGCUUGGACGUGGUCGCGAACGUCACAGUGGACGACUGUGGAGCAGUUGAUGCUCGCCGCCGCAGGCUCGGACAUGUCGGCGAGGAGCAGUUUCUUGCCGAUGAACGAGGCGCCACCGCAGAUCCCGCCGUUGCCCUCCGCUGCGCCGUGGGUGUGCAACUACUGCACAUUUGAAAACCAGGCUCAACACUCGAGCUGCGAAAUGUGCAACUUGCCUCGGUAGACUCAUUUUCAUCUUUUCUCAUCACAAUUUACUGAGCUUUGAUUUCGGUUGCUGCUGUUAAUUUUUUGCUGUUUGGACCGAAAAUUAUUUGUACAUGGAAAGAACAGAAUGAAAAUUUGCUACUGA